GCUUGAUAACAGAGCUUUGAAACAGUGACAGCUGGAAGAAGCAGAGCAGCACGCCACAGUAGCGGGGAGCCAGCGAGACUCAACGGGACAGAGAGCAGCGCAGCGCCGGCUUGAUCGACAGAGAGCAGCGCAGCGCCGGCUUGAUCGACAGAGAGCAGCGCAGCGCCGGCUUGAUCGACAGAGAGCAGCGCAGCGCCGGCUUGAUCGACAGAGAGCAGCGCAGCGCAGUUAAGAGCAGCAGCACAGCGUUUCGUUCAGUGCAUCCAAACUCACCUGCUGUCAUCCGCAUCGAACCACUCAUGGAUUGUAUAUUCAAUUCAACGUUAUUGUAUUUUAUUGUGUGUGUGUGUGUGUGUAAAGCAGAACGGGGUUUUGUGUGACUGCGAUCACAUGAUAUCGUGUACUGGGGAUACAAACAUAAACACAUAAUACCUAAAAUACCACGGAGAACUGACACUGAGAGUGCACAGCGCGACCCAGAGCCGCUCUGGAUAAGAGUUUGUGAAUAGCGCUGAUGAACUCGAUUGUGCGUGUUUGGAUGAGAGCUGUGUACCUGAAUGCGACGUCACAGGAUGGUAUAUAUCAUACACAUGACAGGGAAUUCAUCAGUAUAGAAUUACAAACAGAACACAGAGUCUGCUCGCUGCGCUGAACUGCAUGCAAACAACCGAAACCAAACGCACCACAGUAAAAACAAAAGGAAACGUUGGCGUCUGUCUUUCUAACAUCUUUUUUAAACGGAGCGAUGAUAUAAUUCAUCGGCACGGGAGGGGACUUGGAGCACGCACAGUUCACUGGGUCGGAACAUUUCAGGGUGGAUUCGGGAUCACUGGUUCCGGUGCAUGUUGAAUCUCUAUGGAUGAGCGAAUGACAAUGCGAUUUUGAGGCGGCGUGUUAUUGUACCCCUCUCGGCUGGAUGGUUACAGUUGCUAUCGAUCGCACUCGCAGUGUGGACAGGGUUGAUGCGUCAGUGGGUAAGCGAAGACCCUCUGAACUGGACUGAAACAAAGCAGGCAUCCCUCCACACAGACGGGUCACCGUGGCGUUUAUUGAUUGAUUUAGCUUGCUUGUUGGUUUAUUUUUCACGAGGACUUCAGAGACGUUUAAUUUGACAUGCAUCACAAAGGAAUUCCCCUGCUCGUGCUGCUGGAGUACUUCAUCUGCGUGCAAGGUGUUCCAGAUCUCAGGACACUGCCGGUGUCUCGUUGCGAUGGACGCUCUUGCAACCCCUCUGUCGGUAACCUAGCGACCGGCAGGACGGUGUCCACCCUGAGCAGCUGUGGGCAGAACGGCACGGAGCUUUACUGCUCGUACCCGGACCCGGGACUCUCCGCCUGCCAGCGGCCCAAAUGCGGCAAGUGCAACGCCCAGCACCCCGGGCACGCCCACCGUGCGGCACACAUGACUGACGACUUCUUCUCGAACCCGGGCACGUGGUGGCAGUCGGCGGCGGGCGUGAACCGGGAGGAGCUCCGCCUGGACUUGGAGACGGAGUUCUACCUGACCCACGUCAUCGUGCUGUUCCGCUCCCCGCGGCCCGCGGCCAUGACCCUGGAGAGGUCUCAGGACUACGGCCGGUCCUGGAGACCCUAUAAGCACUUCGCUGUGAACUGCAGCGAGACAUUCGGCAUCCCCGACGACGUCAGCCACGCGGGGUCUCUGUGCACCUCCCGCUACUCCCACGUCCUGCCCUGCACCAAGGGAGAGGUGAUAUUCCGAGCCCUGACUCCUGGGAGCGGGAUUGAGGACCCCUACAGCGCGGAGGCCCAGGACCUGCUCAAGCUGACCACCCUGCGGCUGCGGCUCCUGAAGAGGCAGGACUGCCCGUGCCGGGGGGCCCCCGUCGGGGCGCUGCCCAAGCCACAGCACUCCGCUCACUACGCCGUGUACGACCUCAUCGCCCGCGGGAGCUGCUUCUGCAACGGGCAUGCCGAGGACUGCCAGCCCGCGCCGGGGACCAGGAGGGAGGGCAGCAUGGUUCAUGGGAGCUGCCUCUGCCAGCACCACACCGCAGGGGAGCACUGUGAGACGUGUGCACCUCUUUACAAUGACCUCCCAUGGAGACCAGGCGAUGGAAAAACAGGGGCACCAAACGAGUGCAAAAAGUGCCAGUGCCACGGCCACGCCGAGAGCUGCCACUUCGACAGCGGCGUGUGGCUGGCCUCGGGGAAGCGCAGCGGGGGGGUCUGUGAUGGCUGUCGGCACAACACCAAGGGGCGCCGGUGCCAGCGAUGCCAGGCUGGCUUCUACCGGGACCAGGCCAAGCCCAUGUCCUCCCCCGACGCCUGCAAACCAUGCUCCUGCCACCCUGUAGGCUCCACCAAUGGCUCCUUCUCCAGGCUCUGGAAGUGCCACCCCCGGAGCGGCUACUGCUACUGCAAGCCGGGCGUGGCGGGCCCCAACUGCGCCCGCUGCAUGAUGGGAUACUGGGGGUUUGGGGAGAGCGGCUGCCGGCCGUGUGACUGUGCCCGGGACUGCGACCCUGAGACUGGGGAGUGUCUGGACAGUUUUGACCACGAGCCGUUUUUCGAUGUUCCUAUUGGAGGGCGCAUUCCUGACCUCAUUCACGUUCCGACCAAUGAGAGUGAAGGGGAGUGGACCUGGGAGGAUGAGCAGGGUUUUUCAGCCCUGAGGCACCCUGAGAAGUGCAUAUGCAAAGAGAAAAUGCUUGGAGGCGUCCCGGAUUUUUGCAAGAUGAAAUAUGCUUACGUGAUCAAGGCGAGGAUCCUGUCCGCCCACGACAAGGGCACGCACGCAGAGGCCGUCGUCAAGGUGAAGAAGGUCAUGAGGCAGGGCAAGGUGAAAAUAUCACCGGGAAACAGGAGCAUCUACCCAGAGUCCUGGACCAACAGAGGCUGCACCUGCCCUAUCAUGAACCCAGGAACAGAUUACCUGAUCGCUGGACACGAGGACUUCAGGACAAGCAAGCUGCUGGUCGACAUGCACAGCCUGGUGAAGCCGUGGAAGGCUUCCGUGGGGAAGCAGGUCGCGGAGAUCCUCCAAUCAGGGUGCAAGUGAGCCCCCCCGCAACUACCGAACUGAGACCAGGACCUCGCAAUCCUGCAGGACCAUGACAUUCCAACCUGAACUAAAACAAUGUUUAUUUUCUACAUCGUUUGUUCGUUCGUUUUUUAAAACGUGUUUUGAUGGUCACAGUGGUGCAGCAAGAUGAGAACAGGCAACAGCAUGAUUGAGGGUUUUUUAAAACUCACUGAAAAAACUUGAGAUGGAAAAGAUGCCUUGAGUUUCCAUUGGCAGAGCUCAGUCCAGUUUGAACUGAGACUCUCUCACCCCAGUUAGCAUUGCCUCUCAUUGGCAGAGCUCAGUCCAGUUUGAACUGAGACUCUCUCAUCCAAGUUAGCAUUGCCUCUCAUUGGCAGAGCUCAGUCCAGUUUGAACUGAGACUCUCUCAUCCAAGUUAGCAUUGCCUCUCAUUGGCAGAGCUCAGUCCAGUUUGAACUGAGACUCUCUCACCCCAGUUAGCAUUGCCUCUCAUUGGCAGAGCUCAGUCCAGUUUGAACUGAGACUCUCUCAGCCCCAGUUAGCAUUGCCUCUCAUUGGCAGAGCUCAGUCCAGUUUGAACUGAGACUCUCUCAGCAGAGGAGUGGCAUUACAGACAGACCCGGACUGAAUGUGUGAUGCUACAGGCAGAGCUUUGUGAGGUGACCUCCGCUCGCAGACUGGAUUGCUGACCACACAGAUGGAUCUGGCGGCAGGAAGCCUCAGUUUGAUAACUGGCGAGAUAGGAGUUUCACAGACUGGUCUCAGGGAGGGUAGAAAGGUGGUAUAUUGUGAAAGGAGUUUCAUACAGCAUUGUAAUGCAGGUAGCGUGCAGAACAGCGUGCCUGUAAAACAAUGUGUCGACAAAGAGCACCAUUCAUUAUCAUGAAACCAGCCGUGCUGUGAAUACAAUGAUUGAGAAAGAGAUUUCUAUCAUGUGCGAGGCUCCUAUCACUCAUUAUACACAGGCACGUUAUAUGUAUGGUAUGUAUUGUGUAUAUUACUAUAUUUUCACAUUUCUGUUUCAGUAAAGUCUGUAAAAUGCAAGCUGUAUAUAUGUUGCUAUACGUUCAGAAUUCUUUACCUUCAUGUCGCUGCACAUCAGGCUGUACUUGUGUUUGUGUUUAUUUUACCAAUAUCCACUGCUCAGGGUCUUUCAACUCAUAAGAGCACACGUUUCCCUGCUGUAUUCCACAACGAUGGGCCGAAUGGCCUCCUCUCGUUUGUAAACUUUCUUAUGUUCUUAUGACAGCUCCGUGCCACCUUCCGUUUUAUCAUGCUGUAUUCUCCAUAUCAGCGUAGCCCAUUCUAAACGAUGACAUCACAAUCAUACCUCUCAGAAAUCCAUUCCGCUGCAAAGCCCAUUCUAAACGAUGACAUCACAAUCACACCUCUCGGAAAUCCAUUCCGCUGCAAAGCCCAUUCUAAACGAUGACAUCACAAUCAUACCUCUCGGAAAUCCAUUCCGCUGCAAAGCCCAUUCUAAACGAUGACAUCACAAUCAUACCUCUCGGAAAUCCAUUCCGCUGCAAAGCCCAUUCUAAACGAUGACAUCACAAUGACACCUC